AUGUCGAGAUUAAGCGAAGAAAGAAAGGUCAUGUUGAUCGAGACCUUGUUUGAGAGACCAGAGACCGAAAUCGAUUUGCAGGAUUAUCAAACAUACUUUGAAACUGUCGAUACCGAAACCCAAUACCUGAACGACUCUCGAGACUUUAGAGGGCUCCAUUUCAGACUACAAACAGACCAGCUCGUCUCUUUGGCAUUAUUCGUUGUACCGAAACUAAGAAGAAAUCCAAGCUCAGAGCAAGGACCCAUUCUCGAUGAUCUCCAAACUGGUAAUAUCCUGGGUAUCCAGCGUGAUGAGAUACCAAGGGACAGGGCGAUCUUAGAACAUAUCCUUGAUGGAAUAGUGCGAAUAUGGUUAAUGGUUGACCCAUCUCACGCAGAAGAGCUACACAACACAGGAUGGAGGGGACACAGAAAACUUUGUGAUUUCGUCCACGGGGUAUUUUAUCCUGGCCAAGAUGCCCCAAAGUUCCCUGGCCCUGAGGCAACUAUAGCAAGAGACCACGAUCUCAUGGCCGAAAUGGCUAGUGAGACAACCCAAGUACAGUCCUGUUUGACACAUCCUUUAACAGUAUCAAAUCUGAAAAAGCUUACCAAUAUCACUACCUAUUGGAUCACCCAUCUUGAGAAACACAUGGAGUUUGACUCGGACUACAGUAAUCUGUCGGUUUUCGUUCAGAAUAGGUGGCUUCUAGAUGCGCGAGAUAUUGUGCAGAGAUGGAGAACAGAUCAUACACCUGAUCCUAAUAUUCGUCCUCACAAUCAGCCAAAGAUGUAA